UUUUCACUCCACGCUUCAUUUUUCUGAUCUCCUCAACGAACCACUCCACUUUGCUUUGCGUUGCAUUCAGCUGCAACUCCCUACCUCUCUCUCUCUCAGUCUCUCAAAUAUCCUCAUGGCUGCUGCUGUCUCCACUGUUGGUGCAGUCAACAGAGCACCGUUGAGCUUGAAUGGGUCUGGUGCUGGAUCCUCAGCUCCAAGCUCUGCUUUCUUGGGCACCAGCUUGAAGAAAGGGAGUUCAAGAUUCACAAACUCCAAGGUUCCUUCUGGGAGCUUCAAGAUUAACGCUGAAUAUGAUGAGAAGAAGCAGACUGAAAAGGACAAAUGGAAGGGCCUUGCCUAUGACGACUCUGAUGACCAACAAGACAUCACCAGAGGAAAGGGUAUGGUUGAUUCUCUCUUCCAAGCCCCCAUGGGUACCGGAACUCACUACGCCGUCAUGAGUUCUUAUGACUACAUUAGCCACGGUCUUCGCCAAUACAACUUCGACAACAACAUGGAUGGUUUCUACAUUGCCCCUGCUUUCAUGGACAAGCUUCUUGUUCACAUCUCUAAGAACUUCAUGAGCCUGCCUAACAUUAAGGUUCCUCUCAUCUUGGGUAUUUGGGGAGGAAAAGGUCAAGGAAAAUCAUUCCAAUGUGAGCUUGUGUUCGCCAAGAUGGGCAUUAACCCCAUCAUGAUGAGUGCUGGAGAAUUGGAAAGUGGAAACGCGGGAGAACCCGCUAAGCUCAUCAGGCAAAGGUACCGUGAGGCAGCUGAUAUAAUCAAGAAGGGAAAAAUGUGCGCCCUCUUCAUCAACGAUCUUGAUGCCGGAGCUGGUCGUCUUGGUGGAACAACCCAAUACACAGUCAACAACCAAAUGGUUAAUGCCACUCUCAUGAACAUUGCUGAUAACCCAACAAGCGUCCAGCUCCCUGGUAUGUACAACAAGGAGGAAAACCCCCGUGUCCCCAUCAUCGUCACCGGUAACGAUUUCUCCACAUUGUAUGCUCCCCUCAUCCGUGACGGUCGUAUGGAGAAAUUCUACUGGGCACCCACCAGGGAAGACCGUAUUGGUGUCUGCAAGGGUAUCUUCAGGACUGACAAUGUUGCUGAAGAUGACCUUGUCAAGCUUGUUGACUCCUUCCCCGGACAAUCCAUUGAUUUCUUCGGUGCCCUGAGGGCCAGAGUUUACGACGAUGAAGUGAGAAACUGGAUUUCCGGAGUUGGUGUUGAGGGCAUUGGGAAGAAGCUUGUGAACUCAAAGGACGGACCACCAACAUUUGACCAGCCAAAGAUGACCAUUGAGAAGCUCAUGGAGUAUGGAAACAUGCUUGUCCAAGAGCAAGAGAAUGUGAAGAGAGUCCAAUUGGCUGACAAGUAUUUGAGCGAGGCUGCUCUUGGUGAAGCCAAUGAUGAUGCUAUCAAGAGUGGCUCUUUCUAUGGUUAGCUCCCAUCCUAGCUAGAGGCAUUGAUGGGAGGCCAAGCAGCCCAGCAAAUGAGUAUUCCAGUUCCUGAAGGAUGUACUGAUCCAAAUGCAGGCAACUUUGAUCCAACUGCAAGAAGUGAUGAUGGAAGUUGCCUUUAUCAAUUCUAGGCCUUUUUCUAGGGAUUGUGGCGGAAGGAGAAGCGCUUAUUAAGAAUUGUGAGAUAUUGAAUAAUUACUGUUUUGUUUCCUUUUUUUCCUUUUAGUUGAUUGGGAACCUCUAGUUUUGUGUUGUAAUUACAUUAUAUUCAAUCUUGAAAAGUGCUUUCUUC